UUGACAUUCCUCUUUCUCAAGGCCUUGUUAAUGGUCGGACUUGGCAUCGUUUUGUGUUAGAGCUACUUUUGGAGAUUUCUUUCAACAUUAAUAAUAUAUUCUUAUACAUUUUCCUUUUCGAAUCUUCUCUUUAUCUUUGACUUUUCUUUCAUCUAACUUUACAUCAUAACUUAGUCGGACAGACAGAUCUCUGUACAACUUUCUUCAACUUUAUUUCAACAGAGGAAGAAUAAUUGCAAGUUACAGAUUUUACAUCAACAAGAACAAGAUAAUUUUACAAAAAUUGGAUAAUCUUUGCAACAGAUAUUUUUGUAAACAAAGUAAUCAUCGAUUAAAGAAAUUUCUUGUUUUGGAAAAGUAUUGAGAACAAUGAACAGCGUAGCUGAUCCAGUUCUAGCUUCAACAGCUAAUGUUUUUACAAAACGAAAACAUUCAGUAGAAGAUUCGGAAUGGGGUUAUGAUUUUCAAGCGCUUUGGGAUGAGUUCGACGGUUCUUCUAGUGAAGAAUCUCUUCCAGAUAGCGUUGAAAAUAACUUUACAGCCAACAUUGAUGAAAUUUUUUCGAAGGAUACGUUUCUCCCGAAUGCAAAAAUCAAACAAGAAGUCAUCGAUGACCCUCCGCCCACGGUUCAUAUUAUUGACGACUAUGAAAUGAAACCGUUUCGGAUAAAAACGGAAAACUUGGACGACGAUUUCGAUCGAUGCAAUACGAUGGAGAGUAAUGUAGACGGGUUACCACCCUCACCCACACCGUAUUACGUUGAACCAAAGUUAGAAACUGCAUCUGCUUUAGACAGUAUUAAUCAUUGGACUAACGUGAACACCUCUUCGAUGAACUACGAAGGACCAGUCGUAACAACAGUGAUUCAAGAUUCACAAACUUUGUUGAACAUAAAUCCAACGUGCACGAAUUCAUUAGCAGCCGUGCCGCCCCAACUGAUAUUAACCACCGUUACUCCUGGCGUUGGUCCCUCUGAGUGCUAUCAGAUAGUGACGCCACAAAGUACUGUACGCCUUGAUAGUUAUCCACCCAAGAAUUAUUGUAUCAUGACCAACCGUGGCCCCGUGGCGUUAAACUUGUCGGAGUUUACUCAUGUCACGCAGGUCACUCAGGAAAACCAUGCGAGACCGUUAAUUAUCUCCCCCACUGAUAUUGACCCGCAUCUUAUUGACAGACAUUUAACUCAAAUACGAUCACCUCAGCAAACUAGACUGAGCGCUUUAUACACAACCAAACCUAGAACAAUAAGUACAACUGCCCAGGCUAAUACGAACAAUCAAGUGCGCCGUGCAGCAGCGAGAACUCACAAAUGUACGCAUCAAGGCUGUACGAAAAGUUACACGAAGUCGUCACACUUAAAAGCUCAUCAAAGAACUCAUACAGGUGAAAAACCAUACGCAUGUUCUUGGACUGGCUGUUCCUGGAGAUUUGCACGUUCAGACGAGCUGACUCGACAUUUCAGAAAACACACUGGUCAAAGACCUUUUCGUUGUUUACGUUGUCAUAGAACAUUCUCAAGAUCUGAUCAUUUAUCUUUACACACAAAACGACAUUUGGCAAACUGUUGAAUACUUUUCACUUACUACAUUUUCUCAUAUGCUGUUCUUGUAAGAUUUGAUUGGUUGCUAAGGCUGAUUGACAACCAAUCAUGUGUGUCGUUCGGUUUACUUGCACACAUAUAUAUUUUUUUCAUAAACAUAUUUAUUUUACACUAUUUUGCAUCACAGAGGUCUAUACGCGCACGCGCAGAUUUAACCCCUGUCUCGUUUGCAGGCCUUAAAAGAGAUCCUGGUGACGAAUUGUUCGUUUGUUUGUUAUAUCCUUAUUCGCAUAUUUUUAGUAUUUAAUUUUUUGACUAGCAUUUUUUACAUCAUAGGAUACUUUGCCCCGAUUAUUCAGUACUUGCAGAAACAUACAAGCAAGGCAAACGUCUCUGUUAAAUUGGAUACCAGUUUGUUUCAUAUCAACCACACCGGCUUAUAUUUUCGUUUGAAUCUAACAAAAAAAAGAGAUCUUAGGACUAAAUAAAUUAUUUUUCUAGUUCUAUUUUUCUUUGUAUAUAUUUAUUAUAGCAUAGCUAGCAUUUUUUAAAAUAAAAGAGUUUUUGUAAAAAACCACCUGGGCUUACACAGUUAAUGGUGUGCUGUCCAGGGGAUGUGAUCUGUAAAAUGUACAUAUAUCAUAAUGAUUUUCGAAAUUGCGAAAAUAAUAAUCUAUAAAAAAUCGUGUCAUGAUAUUA